AUUAUUUAUUAAUUUUUUUCUACACUUUUAAAUAAUUUUUUUAUAUUUUAUUUUUUAUUUAUUUUUUUUUUUAAUUAAAAAAAAACAACUAUAAUUUUUAUAAAUAUUAAUUAAAAAAAAAAAGUAAAAUAUAUAGAAAUCAACACUUAUUAAAAGGAAUCAUCAGAUAAAAUAGGAAGAAAUCAAAAAGCAAAUUCAUAAAUAAUAAUAUUACAACAAACAGUUAUAAAUUAAAAAAGCUUAUAUAUUAAUAUAUUUAUAAAAUAAAUCAAGAUGUCAUCAGCACUUUCAAGUCAACCAACCAAAAGAAAUGUUAAACUCGAUGAUAUUUGGCCAGAAUUAGAGGAAGGCAUUUAUAAAAUUAUAACUGAUUUAUAUAAAGGCUUCCCAAAGAACAAAUGGAUGGCUUUAUAUACUUAUGUCUAUGAUUAUUGUGCAGCAUCACAAUCAAAAACCACAACAAAGGUAGGAAUGCCAAAACAACAAGCAUCAGGGGCCAAUUAUGUUGGUGAAGAAUUAUAUAAUAGAUUAAAUUUGUUUUUAAAGAAACAUAUGGGCACAAUUUUAAAAGUUACAGAGACAAAAAUGGAUGAAACCCUUUUAAACUACUACUACACAGAAUGGGAUCGUUAUACAUCAGCCAUGAAAUAUAUCAACAAUAUUUUUCAAUAUAUGAAUAGAUAUUGGAUCAAAAGAGAAAUCGACGAUGGUAAAAAAGAAGUGUAUGAAAUUUUUAUUUUAUCAUUAGUAAUUUGGAGAGAUUAUUUAUUUACACCACUAAAACAACGUUUAACCAAUUCAUUAUUGGAUAUCAUUGAAAAUGAAAGAAAUGGUUAUCAAAUCAAUACCCAUUUGGUUAAAGGUGUCAUUAAUGGAUAUGUCAGUUUAGGAUUAAAUAGAGAAAAACCAAAAGAAACCAUUCUUCAAGUUUAUAAAUCUGGAUUUGAAGAAUUAUUUUUACAAGCAACUGAAACCUAUUAUACAAACGAAUCAUCAAAAUUCAUCUCUGAAAAUACUGUAGCAGAAUAUAUGAAAAAAGUGGAAACUAGAUUAAAUGAAGAGGUUAAAAGAGUUCAACAAUAUCUCCAUCCAAACACAGAGUCUGAAUUAAUUGCAAAAUGUGAAAAAGUUUUAAUUGAAAAGCAUGUAGAAGUUAUUUGGAACGAAUUUCAAUCGUUAUUAGAAAAAGAUAAAAUUUCAGAUUUAACUCGUAUGUAUUCAUUAUUAUCAAGAAUUCCAAGAGGUUUGGAACCAUUAAGAGCAACUCUAGAAAAACAUGUCCAAACUGUUGGUCUUCAAGCUGUAUCGUCUAUAGCAACCAACGGUGGCCCAAUUGAACCAAAAGUUUACAUUGAAACACUAUUAAAGGUUUUUAAAAAAUACAAUGAUUUAGUAACAGGUGCAUUUAGAAGUGAUACAGGUUUUGUUGCUUCAUUAGAUAAAGCAUGCAGAAGAUUUAUAAAUGAAAAUGCAGUUACACAAGCUGCCAAAUCAUCAUCCAAAUCACCAGAACUAUUAGCUCGUUUCACCGAUUUCCUUUUGAAGAAGAGCCCAAAUAAUCCAGAAGAAUCAGAAAUGGAACAAAUCUUAAAUGAUGUAAUGAUUGUAUUCAAGUAUAUCGAAGAUAAAGAUGUUUUCCAAGAUUUCUACUCUAAAAUGUUGGCUAAGAGAUUAAUUCAUGGUACUAGUACUAGCGAAGAUUUAGAGGGUACAAUGAUCGGAAAAUUAAAGUCAACAUGUGGCUACGAGUAUACCUCUAAACUCCAAAGAAUGUUUACCGAUAUGUCAUUAUCAAGAGAGCUAUUAGAUCGUUUCAAUAACCAUAUCGAACAGGUAGAAAGACAAGCUCUCGGUAUUGACUUUAGUGUAUUAGUAUUAGCAACCGGAAGUUGGCCACUUCAACCACCAUCAACAAACUUUUCAAUACCCAAAGAGUUACAAGGUUGUGAACAACUCUUCCAAAAAUUCUAUCAAAAUCAACAUUCUGGUCGUAAAUUAAAUUGGUUACACCAUCUUUCAAAAGGUGAAUUGAAAACUAAAUACCUUCAAACUAGUAAGAGUGGUUAUACUUUACAAUGUUCAACUUAUCAAAUUGGUGUUUUAUUACAAUAUAAUCAAUACGAUAGUUUAACUGCUGAAGAAAUUCAAGAGUCUACUCAAUUAAUCGAUUCUGUUUUAAAAGUUACCCUUACUUCACUUACAAAAUCAAAAGUACUCAUUGCAGAACCACCACUUGAUGGCGUCGAAGAACUCUCUAAAACCACCAAAUUUGUAUUAAACAAACAAUUUAAAAACAAAAAAACAAAAGUCUUCAUCAAUGUUCCAGUACUCACUCAAGUUAAAGAAGAGAUUGAUUCAAUUCACAAAACUGUUGAAGAAGAUAGAAAACUUCAAAUUCAAGCUGCAAUCGUUAGAAUUAUGAAAAUGAGAAAACAAUUGGCCCACAGUAGUUUAAUGUCUGAAGUAAUCUCUCAACUCCAAACUAGAUUCAAUCCAAAAGUUAAUGUAAUAAAGAAAUGUAUUGAUAUAUUAAUUGAAAAAGAAUAUUUAAUGAGAAUGGAAAAUAGUAAAGAUAUGUAUUCUUAUAUUGCAUAAAAUAAUAAAAUAAUAAUAAUAAUAUUAUUAAUAAUAAUAAUAAUAAUAAUAAUAAUAAUAAUAAUAAUAAUAAUAAUAAUAAUAAUAAUAAUAAUAAUAAUAAUAAUAAUAAUAAUAAUAAUAAUAAUAAUAAUAAUAAUAAUAAUAUAAACAAUAACAAUAAUAAAUAUUAUAUUAUAUAUAAUAUUUAUAUAAUGAUAAAAAAAAAAUACAAUUGUCAAUAAUUAAUAAUACCAUAUCUCAUUUCAUCUAACCAUUAUCAAACAAAAAACAAGAUAAAUCAAAUAAUAAAUAAAAUUUUAUUAUUUUUUUUUUAAAAAUUUUUUUUAUAUAAAUAAAUUUUUUGAUUAAAAAAAAAUAUGCAAUACUGGUUAUUUUUAUUUUUCAUAUUCUUUUUCUUUUAGCACAAAC